AUAGUACAAGUCCACACUAUUCAUCUCUUUAAUCUUGUAACGAGAACAGGGGCAGGGUUUGGGAUUGCAAGUUCUGUCUCUGAUCUCUUCUCUCUUCCUCUCUCUCUCCUUCCACUUCUUUUUCUUCUUCCAGAUAAUAGAGAUUUGAGCAACUGCAGUACAUUUCCGAGCAUUGGAUAACAAAGAGUCUCCGAUCUCUUCUCUCUCUCAAAUCCACAGCUCAAGAAACUCAACGCCUCCUUUCAAACUACCAACUACAUGAAACCGGAAGUUGCAAGUUGAACGACAAAAUUCCCGAUUAGGUAUAUGGCGGCAGAGGAAGUUGUAGGUCAGUUAUACAUCAAGGGCAUGAAACCGGUUUCAGCCGAAAGUUGUAGUAGCACCGUCUCUGCUUCAUCUCGUUCCACCUCUUUACAUUUGCCAAUGACUGCCUACCAAUUGGUUUUGACUGUGCUGGUUCUACCAGCCAGAGAAGAAGGAGAAGAAAAAAAAGAAGAGAAAGUAUGAGAGAAGAAGAGAGAUCAGAGAGAAAAUUGUCAUCGCCGUUUCUAGAUCGAGCAGAGGCCAACGAUGAAAGGUACUGUAACUCAUUGCAGCAACGCUCCUCUGUUUUUGUUUGAAGAGGGUUCAUCUGAACAUGGCAUAUUGCCUUCUCGCUCUCUCUCUCAAUACCAACCUCUCUCUCUCUCUCUCUCUUUCUUCCCCUCUCUCCCUCAUCUUUCCUGUCUUUUCAAACUCCCGAACUCGAGCUAGACGUCACAGUUGUGGCAAACUGUAGACCGAAAUCUCUCCCCUGCUCCUCUAUCAUCUUCUGUUCCCGUGUUGGCAUUAAUUCUCCGUCUCAGGCUACAUAAGGUAAGUUUACUUUCGUUAGUAGUUUGGCGUUCAUCAGAUCCACACCCGUGGUUCACAGUGUUCAGUUCUCGCAAGGCCUCUCCUUUGCUUUAUCCGUCAUAAAAUCCAUACAGACCAAGGGGUUUUCAUUGUUGUCGUUUCAUCCCUUUGCUUUCUCCGCCAUCAACUUGAUCAUGCUCAUUGUUGCGGAUGUUAUCAAAGGGGUUUUUAGGUGCAAAAAUGAUAGGGAUACAAGUGCUAAGAUCGCCUAAGAGCCAUUGCGUUUAGUGUUUCUUUCCCUUUUUCCAGUUUUAUUUUGAAAAUUUGAAAAAAAAUAAAUAAAGGAUAAAAUAGUCUUUUUCAUCUUUCUGCUAACGGACGUACACAGUCCAUUAAAUAGUUUAAGAAAUCUACCAAAAAAACAGAAAGAAAGAAAGAAAAUUUCACUUUCUCCUAACACCUCGAUCCCAGCUGAAUCUUCCCGCAUGUCAAACCGAGCCUAAGCGUUACUUCAUUGGUCGAUUCAAGAUAGAAAUUGAAGGUCACGAUUCAAUCCUAUCAACUGUACGUACAUCCAAUCCAACGGUCCAACCAACUAAAAGACAGCAUUUGAUUUGGUUGGACAUCAUGGAGACAGAAAGAGACGGCAUCCGGGGGUUCUUGGUCUUUUCUUUGGGUCCCAUUGCCAAGUGGCAAAUCGUAGAAGACAAAGAAAGAAGAGGAACUUCAUAGUUCAUACCCUUGGACCGUUUCAAAGAGAGUCUGAGCAAUUUGACAAUUUGACUCCUGAAAUCAAGGCUGAUUCUGCCUUUGCUUUUAUCACCACAAAAAUAGCGACCAACUAACAACAACCGUUUUUUCCUUUUUCUCUCCAUGGAUCCUUUUCCCGCCGUUUCUUCCUCUGAUUUAUACAAGACUCAGAAAAAAUGCUCUCUCCAUUUCACUCUCUGUUUCCCUGUCUGACUUUUCCGCACUCAAUGUGCAAAGAUGACAGAAAGGAGGACGAUGACCCUGAGAUGGGAUCGGUUGGGGGAGGACGACGAUGACUGCUUCUUUGAGUCCUGUGACCGGAUCUCCUCUUUCGCCCCCCAUGACCUGGCUUCUUCCGGAUCCGAUGAUGAUGAAAACUACGACGACAGCCGAAUGUCCUUCGCUUCUGCCGCUCCAACUCCUCCGGAGGAGUUUCGUUGCUUCGUCGCAGCGGCUGCACGGCCGCCUCCCGCCCCCAUGACACAAGACUAUGAUUUCUGGAUGGCAGAGCCGGGCUCCAUUAAGGACCGGCGCAAGCGUCUUCUUGAAGGAAUGGGCUUGUCGGGAGACAAGGAGCUACUCAGAGUCACCACUAUCGAAGUCAAGAAUGAUCCUUCAAUUGAAGGUGGACAGACUCAACCGGCGCAAUCGGCGGAAUCUGCCUCGGCCCCUGAGAAAGAAGAAGUAAAGCAAGAAGCUCCUGCUUCAGCAUCGCGUCCACCUGUGGUUGCUCGAUCUAGAUCAUAUGGAAGCAUAACAUCAGCUUUAUCAAUCGCGAACAGUAGAAGGGAAGAAUUUGUCAGUGGUGCAUUGAUGAAGCAACUGCUUCGAUCUCCUUCGGAGUUAUCUUCGUUGUGCAACGAAAAUUCGCAGUUGGAUGCGGGAUCCACGACGUUGUCUACGGAGAAAGAAGGGAUUGGUGCAUCAGAAAACUGUAAUGGUCUAACGUCAUCGUUGUCGAUAAAAAGAAGCGAUGAUUCUGACGUUGUGAUAAAGAAUCUAGACACAGAAAAGGAAUUUAUUGUCAAUGAGGUCGACUCUGAGGGGGUGGUGAACACGGUCAGUGAACGUGAGACCGGGAAGCAGCUAACCAGGGAUGAAUUUGAGAAGAGUGUUGGGUUUUCCCCAAUUGUUAAGGAGCUGAUGCGGCGAGAAAACGUGUCAAAGAUUAUCGGUAGCAGUAUUAGUGCCAUUGAGAAAAAGAUGAGCCCCAAUGCAAUUCUGAGUAAGAGCUUCAGAUCAAGCAAGAAAAAGGGAGCGGCUCUGUUGAAGAACAUAAAGGGUGUUGCAAAUUCGAUGACUGGAUUGAUUGGCGAAAAGGACAAGGAUUCAUUAAUGGAGCCGCGAUCCCCAAAGAGUUCCUCUGGAUGGACCAAAGUGCGUCAGAAUGGGAAAUCAUUCAAGGAGCUAACUGGUUUAUACAUGUGCCAAGAAAUUCAGGCUCAUCAAGGUUCAAUUUGGACUUUGAGAUUUAGCUUUGAUACUCGUUACUUGGCCAGUGCAGGAGAAGACCGAGUAAUUCAUGUCUGGGAAGUGAUGGAAUGUGAUGUCUUAUCAUUAAAACCCCAGGAAGAAGGAAGCUCCACUCCACUUCAUCCCAUGGCAAACAGUUCCCCUGAUCGACCUCCUGUUGCAGAGAAUCAGCCAACACCAUCGGAGAAGAAGAAGAAGGGAAGGACGCCAGCUAAUAAAAAGGGAGGAUCCGCAGAACCUGAUUAUGUUCUCAUGCCAGAGACCAGUUUCUUACUCUCAGAGAAACCAGUAUGUUCAUUCCAAGGUCACCUGGACGAUGUCUUGGAUCUCUCCUGGUCUAAAUCACAGCAACUACUUUCCUCUUCAAUGGACAAAACUGUAAGGCUUUGGGACAUUGAAAGCAAGACGUGUUUGAAGUUAUUUGCACAUAAUGAUUAUGUAACUUGUAUACAGUUCAACCCAGUAGAUGAUAAAUAUUUCAUCAGUGGUUCACUUGAUGCAAAGGUUCGGAUAUGGAAUAUACCGGCUCGUCAAGUUGUUGACUGGACUGAUCUUCAUGAAAUGGUUACUGCUGCUUGCUACACUCCUGAUGGACAGGGUGCAUUAGUGGGUUCACAUACAGGAAGCUGCCGUUUAUAUGACACUUCUGAAUGUAAACUGCUUCCAAAAGGUGAGAUAGACCUCCAGAACAAAAAGAAGUCUCAGGGGAAAAAAAUUACUGGCUUCCAGUUUUGUCCAGGGAAUCCUUCUGAGGUGUUGAUUACUGCUGCUGAUUCAAAGAUCUGGAUUUGUGAUGGUUUAGUUAUUACUCAUAAAUACAGAGGUUUUCGAAAUAUAAGCAGCCAAAUAGCAGCAUCUUUCACUGCAGAUGGGAACUAUGUAGUAUGUGCAAGUGAAGAUUCUCAUGUUUAUGUAUGGAGGCAUGGUGAAACCCGUAAUGUAGGUGGUGGAAAAAGCAGAGGUUUGAUUACUAAUCGAUCUCAUGAACAUUUCCCGUGUAGAGAUGUAUCAGUUGCAAUACCAUGGCCUGGAAGUAUCAAGUUUGAACCACCAACUGUAAAUUUAAACCCCCCAAAAAAACAAUCAAAACGCUCCAAUCUGCCACCACUUCCCUCUUCUCCAGGUCCUUCAAACAUUGAAGAUAGCUCUGUGAGCGGCGGUAGCAAGAGAAAUGCCCCAUCACUUGCAAAGAAGAGUAGCUUCUCGGAGAGGGCAACCUGCCCAGAAGAGGAAGUUGGAAAAUCAGCAUCACUUCGUUCAGAGUCGAUGAGUAAGAGAAAUGUUCCACCCAUUUCCAAGAAGGGUAGCUUCUCGGAGAGGACAACCUGCCCAGAAGAGGAAGUUGCUCGUUCAGACUCAGGGAUUAGUGCCUCUGACUCAUUCUCUUCAUCUGCUAAUUCUGUUAAGAAUGCUGACCCUUCAUCUAUUUCUGCUCAAGGAACUUCUCCCUCUUUUUCUUGGCCAUGGUUUGAUGGAGGUAGCAACAAUGGGAAUACUACCAUUCAAGCAACAGCAUGGGGUCUAGUGCUGGUGACAGCAGGCGUAGGAGGCGAAAUUAGAAUAUAUCAAAAUUUUGGGCUGCCAUUACGGAUUGGCCGCCAAACCAAUCUCUUCAGGGAUGCAUAA